CCCGCUGCUGGGAUAUGACGGCUGCCGAGCGAUGUGAUUUCAGCAAUGGACAGUUCCCAUUAAAGAUGUGUCACAGCACUUACCCAAUGAAUCCCUCUGACCGCUUUUCACAAUUCCCUCGUGGGGAACAUUUGAUCGACACUGUUAUGGAAGCUACAGCGAUUUGACGUCAGGGCGAUGCCUUGCGUAGCAUUUGGUGCGUAGACACUAUUUUCUAUUCAUGCUCGGAGAUACCGCUUUCAUUUCGCUUGACAACAUCCAGCUCAUUGCAAAGACACUUCACCGCCUCCCUACAUACUACGGGACCAGCCUGAGCCCUCGCAGUGUUUGCCCCGAUCCUGCGGAGCUUCCUUCUUCCAAGACCCUUUAUUCUACGGCAUCGAAACGACAAUGAAACUGAGAUGUCCUUCGCUGGGAUUUGCAGCUCUCCUGGUGUUGGUGCUCUGCUCCAUCGCGGACAUGGCCAGCACAGCCAAACAAUACGUUAACGAAUGGGCAGUGGAAGUGGUUGGAGGAGCGCAGGUAGCGAGAGCUAUUGCCGAAGAACUGGAGUAUAAUUUUGUGGGUCAGAUUGGAGAACUUCAAAAUCACUAUCUACUCCGACACAAAAUUCAUCCAAGAAGAUCUCGAAGGAGUGCUGACCACAUUACAAAACGAUUAUCUGAAGAUGAACGGGUGGCUUGGGCAGAACAACAGUAUGAAAAGCAAAGAAGUAAGCGCUCUCCACCAAAGGACUGUGCAGAUUGUAUCGCAGAGAAAAUGUUUACUGAUCCCAUGUGGAAUCAACAAUGGUAUCUCCAAGAUACCAGGACUUCGUCAUCUCUCCCAAAACUGGAUCUUCAUGUUAUUCCAGUGUGGAAAAAAGGGAUAACUGGCAAAGGAAUCGUGCUCACUGUGCUUGAUGAUGGGUUGGAAUGGAACCACACAGAUAUCCAAGCAAAUUACGAUCCAGAAGCAAGCUAUGAUUUUAAUGAUAAUGAUCCAGAUCCCUUUCCAAGAUAUGAUCCAACUAAUGAGAACAAGCAUGGAACCAGGUGUGCUGGGGAAAUUGCAAUGCAAGCCAACAACAAAAAAUGUGGAGUAGGAGUGGCGUACAAUUCAAAAGUUGGAGGUAUCAGGAUGCUGGAUGGUAUCGUAACUGAUGCGAUUGAGGCUACUUCAAUUGGGUUCAACCCACAGCAUGUGGACAUUUAUAGCGCAAGCUGGGGACCAAAUGAUGAUGGGAAGACCGUGGAAGGUCCCGGCAGACUUGCACAGAAAGCGUUUGAAUAUGGCAUUCAGAAGGGUAGAGGAGGAAAAGGGUCUGUUUUUGUCUGGGCAUCUGGGAAUGGGGGUCGCCAAGGUGAUAACUGUGACUGUGAUGGAUAUACAGACAGCAUCUAUACUGUGUCCAUAAGCAGUGCCUCCCAACAAGGGCUGUCUCCAUGGUAUGCAGAAAAGUGUUCCUCCACGCUUGCUACAGCCUACAGCAGUGGAGACUACACAGAUCAAAGAAUUACAAGUGCCGAUCUUCACAAUGACUGCACUGAGACUCACACUGGGACCUCAGCCUCAGCCCCCCUGGCUGCUGGGAUUAUUGCCCUUGCUCUGGAACAAAAUCCAAAUCUCACUUGGAGAGAAUUGCAACAUUUAAUUGUCUGGACCUCCGAAUAUGAUCCAUUGGCCAACAACCUGGGUUGGAAGAAGAAUGGAGCUGGUUUAAUGGUGAACAGCAGAUUUGGGUUUGGGUUGCUGAAUGCCAAGGCACUGGUUGACAUGGCAGAACCUAAAACAUGGAAGGGCAUACCAGAUAAGAAGCAGUGUAUUGUCAGAGAUAAUACAUUUGAAUCCAGGCCUUUGAAAGCUGGUGGAGAAAUUACAGUUGAAAUCCCCACCAAAGCUUGUGAGGGGCAAGCCAACCACAUUACAGCUCUGGAGCAUGUGCAGCUGGAGGCAACCAUUGAGUACACAAGGAGAGGGGACCUUCACAUCACUCUCACAUCUCCGGCAGGAACUAACACUGUACUCUUGGCUGAACGUGAGAGAGACUCCUCACCUAAUGGCUUUAAAAGCUGGGCCUUUAUGUCAGUGCACACCUGGGGAGAGGAACCAGUGGGCACAUGGGUGCUGAGCAUUACUGACGUGUCUGGAAGAUGGGAAAACCAAGGCAAAAUCAUCAAUUGGAAGCUGAUUCUACAUGGUACCUCCACUAAUCCGAAACAUAUGGAGAAACUCAGGGUGUACAGUCCGUACAACGCUGUUCAGAAUGAUAGGAGAGGUGUGGAGAAGACAGAAGAGCGAAUAGAGGAAGACAUUUCCAAGAAUGACGGAACUGAAAAUCUAUACUCGAAGGAAAACACCAGUAAAGAGAAUGUGAACAUGGAAGAAAAAAUGACUGAAGAAAAAAUACCUUUACCUUCUGGUCAAAAGACAUUUGCCCAACAGGCUCAAAAUAAUAAUGCUCAGCAUUUUUUCCAUAACAGUAAAUACCAUAAGGGUGCAGCAGUACCUAUUCAGAGCUUGCAUCAAGUCCCAGGAAAACUAAACAAACAGUCCCAGUUGAAAGACUUUGAAGACAUUGAAUAUAGCGAUCACAGUAACCAGCUUUACGAUACCAAAUCUUAUAAGCAUAGAAAUGAUAUAUUGCUUCAAGCUUUAUUAGAGAUGCUGGCUGAGAGCCAAUGAUUUUGAACAUGUGGUUAGGUUUUGUGUUGAGUACUUAAUUGUUUAAUCUUGGUAUUUUUGUGACUGUAAAGCAAAUGAAUUUGACAAAGAAUCUAAAUAACAUUUCCAUUAUUUAUUUAUUUAUAGCUGGUCUGUAAUUUCACCAUAUCCGUUGUGUACAAUGUGACUUGGUAGGUUUUGUUUCAUGACUAAUAAGCAGGCUAUGGGUCUGAAUAGAAAUGUUAAGAUCACAAAGUCAUUUGAGCUAUGAUACUAAUAACAUACAGUUUAGUAGAUUCAGGCAAUCAUUAGGAUGUUAUUAGCCAAUGGUGGUAGAAGCAAAUUAUUAAUAGUUAAAAGAGUACCAAAGCAUUUGAUGAUUUAUUUUGCUAUUUGUGAGCAUGACAUUUCGUACAGCUUGCAAAAAAAGGCAAGGUAUUAAUUGUUUCAUAAUCUGGAAAACUUGACAAUCAAAAGUGUUUUUACACAAAAAUAUUUUAUUUAAAAGUGAACUUAUUUGCCUUAGCCCUAGCUUUAGUGGAGUCGGUUUUGUUCCACAAACUGAUAGGCAAACUGUGGGCUUAAAGCCCCUGUCCCACUUAUGAAACCUGAACGGAAAUCUCUGGAGA